AUGAUUGAUAAUGGUGGAGAAUUAGCUGAAGUAAUUAAAACUUGUAAAGAAAGAAUUAUUCAUGUAGAUAAUCCGCCAAUAGAUGUGAAAGGUGAAAGACUAAAAUGUAAUAAAGAAAAUAGAAAGGUAUUAAAGGAAAUUUUGCUGAAAAACUUAAUAAAAUUUGACGAGACAUACAAGUCAAAAAAUUUUUAUCGAGAACGCCAUGAAAAUUUAGAGAAUUUCAUCGGAGAAAAAGAAAAAAUAAUAAAACAAGUUAAGGAGAUUAAGAGUAAAUUACCUAGGUAUGAUUAUGGUAAAAAACUUGUGGAUUGUUCUGAUGAAUUAGUAGAAGGUAGUGUUGGAAUAGCUAAUUUGAUUCAACCUGACAAUUUUCCAAUAUCUAAUGCUGGGGGAAACAUUGCAAAAUUUGGAGUUAAAAUCCUUUCGGUUGGUGUAAAUUAUGUUCUUGACGAGAAAGAAAAUCAGUUAAUUGAGAAAUUUAAAAAUAAAAUUAAAGAAGAUAGGGAGAAUCAAGAAAAAUAUUUAUCAAAAUUAAAUUUUGUAGAAAAAAAAAUAAAUUUUCCUGAGUUUGGAUGGGUCAUUUUUAAACAUAUCUGCAAAUGCGAAUUUUUGAUGCACAACAGUUACCUUUAA